AAUGUGCCAGUUCUGUACCUCGGCCUGAACGAGAUCUAGGCGAACACGGAAGUACAAAGUAGUGAAGUCUCUUGCAUCAAACUCAUGACAACAACUAUGGCUGCCUCCUGCUCGUUGGUGUGUUGUGAAGAGGAGAGAGACUCCGACAAAGCUGUUAUUGUCCGCUUUUCAAACGGCAGCGUCAAAAAUGCAGAGAGACUGGAUUUCACGAUGUACAAGAACGCAGAUGACAGUAAUCCCAGGAAAAAAAACAGGCGGAUAAUGGCUGCGGAAUCAGACAGACUGUCCUAUGUUGGAAAUAACUUUGGAGCGGAGUCCUUGAAAUGCAACAACCUUUGCAAAUAUUAUGUUGGAGUGUUGAACAGCAAGACCAGGCAAAUGGAGGUGCACAGUGCUCAGCUCUUCAACAUGCAACCUGUUAUACCAGGAGAGAUAACAGAGUCGGCAAAAACCCAGGACACUACUCUGACCUACAGAGACAAGGUUGACUCUUUGAUUGAGGCGUUUGGCACCAACAAACAGAAGAGAGCUCUGAACACCCGCAGGUUGAACCAGGUGGGAAGUGAAGCCCUGCAUCAAGCAGUGGCCAAGGCUGCCAACACUGUGAUUGAGGAGAAGGGUCUGGAAGCUCUACAACAGGAAGUGGCUGAGACAGAGGCCCAGGGAGACCUGGCUCUCCACCUGCCUCCCUGCAAUGCAGACGCUGACAAACCGGAGGACGUCUACCUAUUUGACGAUCUCCUGAGCCCAGAAGAGUUUGAGGCUUUGGAGCCGGCUGGUUCCAAGAUGGCAGAACUCACCUCUGAGGAGCUGAAGAAGAUGAGAGAGGACGGAGGGUGCUUGUGUGUCGUGAAGCACCUGGAGAACAUGCCAGCUGCGGGUGAAGCCAGAGAUAAAACCUCCCGCUGCGCCUUUUACCUUUCUAUGCUCCUCAAACUGGUACAGCAGAGGAACAUCACCCGCAAGUUUGGGCAGGAGGAAGGCUGUCCUCGCAUCGUUCAGAACAAACUGUUCAGAACAUUCACUGUGGAGACUUUCAACAGUGGCAGGGUUCAGAACAUGGUGUCGACGUCAAUGCGCGCAAAAUUAGCAGCUUACUGCCUGGCCCUGCAGCUGCACAUGAGUCACAUGACUGGUGACCUCACAUUACUGCACCGUGACCUGGGAAUCACCGAGGCCAAGAUGGUUGACAUUGCAAAGUCAAUGGGACUGACUCUAAUUAAACUGCCCCGGGGGAAGAGUGAGGAUGCUGGGCUGCAAGACACAAACAGGCAGGCUGCGCUUGUUCUACCUCUGGUCAAAUAUGAACAGUCCAUGGAGAGACGGAAACGCAAGAAAAUGCACUGAAGAUCAAGAUAAUAGUUGGAUAGAGCGGGAGGACGGCAAGAAUUGGAAAUGUCACAAACGAGAACUGUUUAUUUUGUAGACAAAUAAAGUGGUGAACUUUGAGUUGUA